GUGGCUCGUAGUAGUUUAACACAGAGUGGAAUGGCAUCUAUUGGUAGUAAUAACAACAAUGGGAUGAGUUUACAACAUCUUGACUUGACUGGUUGCCGGGGAGUAAAAUGUGUGGGUCAUUUAGCCUGUGCAGUUUCACUACGUUUAUUAGAUGUAUCGUGGGCAAAUGUAAAGCGUGAUGGUCUUUUGGGUUUAAUAGACUCACAAUGUUUAGAAGUACUGCGAAUAGCAGGAAAUCCAUUACGUAGUAUU